AUGGACCGUCACCACCAACAACAGCGCCUCAGAUUUCUUGCUGGAACGGGGCCUUUUUCCUCAGAGACUCCCAAUUCCCGUUCGACGGAUCAAAGCCGUGUGAGCCCUGAAACUUCUACACACAACCCCUUCCCUCUUGAAUCUUUGUUUUCAAGACUUGGUGUAUCUAAUGAUACCCAAGAUUUAUAUCCACGUUUUAAUAGCAAAAUCUUUGAUGGGUCUGUUGUGAAUUUGAACUCUUUUGAUGGUUUUGCCCUUAGUGGCGUUUACCAGGCUGGUUUCUCGACAACGCAAAACAAUGAUAUAGAUACUUUUGGGGCCACGAGGAUUCAAGAUUUUCUUCGUAAUCCAAUCAUAGCUGGGUCUAAUUCUGAUUUGAGGACUAACAGUUCUGUUUAUUGCGGCGCGUAUCAAAAUCCGGACUUUAACGACCGGAGAGGAUUAGUGCAAAGAGAAUCGAAUUAUAGGUCGAUCAAUAAUGGUUUGGUGUCUAAAAACCAGAAUUCUUUGAUCAGGAGGCCGCUUAGGUUACAAGAUUACUUGUCCUGGGAAGAUUUGAGUGGUAAGGUUGUGGCAUUGGCUAAGGAUCCGUACGGAUGUAAAUUCUUGCAAAAACUCAUUGAGAGUGCAACAAGAGAACAAAUUGAUAUGUUGUUUUACGAGGUCAUAGGCUAUGUGGGUGGGUUGAUAGUGGACCCAUUUGGGAAUUAUGUUGUACAAAAGCUUGUAGAGGUGCUUAGCGAGGAACAGAGGACUGGGAUUUUGCGAAUGUUAACUCGAACUGAUUUUCAACUUGUGAGGAUUUGUCUUGAUGUGCAUGGAACUCGGGUUGUACAAAAGUUGUUGAAUUGUAUCACGAACCCAAAGCAAGUUUCUAUAGUUGUAUCAGCUCUAAGCCAAGGUGCUGUUGCAUUGAUUACGGAUUCCAAUGGUCAUCAUGUGAUCCAGCAUUUUGUCAAGCAUUUUUCCACUGAAGACAAUAAGUAUAUUCUGAAACAGGUGGCAGAGAACUGCUUUGGGAUUGCAACCAACAAGAGCGGAUGCUGUGUGCUGCAGCGAUGUGUUGAAUAUUCUGAGGGAGAAGCCAGAGAUCGACUAUUGGCUGAGAUAAUAGCAAACGCACUACUCCUGGCAGAAGAUCAUUAUGGAAACUAUGUAGUGCAACAUAUUCUGAAAUUGAAGUCGCCGGAAAUCACAGAAAUUCUCCUAGCACAGUUUAAAGGGAGUUACAUGGCUCUUUCGUGUAAUAAGUAUGGAAGUAACGUUGUGGAAAGCUGCCUGUUGACAACGAGAGAGGAACAAUCCACACAAAUUAUCUUGGAGUUACUAAGAAAUCCACUUGCUUCUAUGCUCCUUGUGGAUCCUUUUGGAAACUUUGUUAUCCAGAAGGCACUAUCAGUAUCUCAGGGACAAGUCCAAAGAUAUUUAGUAGCUCUAAUACAAAGGAACGCCCAAAAGAUGCGCAGCAAUAUCUAUGGGCAAAAGGUGCUUGUUUGGUUGAACAAGAACAUGAGGCCGCUACAACUGUAGGCAUGUGUAAACUGAGGGAGUUGUUCUAACCAAAAUUUUCCUACAGAUCUGGGUAGUGGGCUUUAUUUUUUCGAGUUUUACCCCAUUGUUACGCUUCAUCAUGGUGAAUGGCUGUGCGAGUGUCUGUUGUUUGUUGUUGUUGUUGUUUAGGUGUCACCUGUUUUCUGGUACGUACUGUUGUAGCAUUAGAACGAAGGAAUUUGGAAGUUGUGGGGACUCUGUAACU